CUUUUUCUAAAUUGCCAAAAUAUUCAGUAGGGAAUGUAAGGCCAAUCUUUGUAUAUUUUAUAAUUUGCUAUAGCAAACGCAAACGCUAUACAAAAAAUUUAAGUUUUUUUAACACUUUAAUAUACAACUGCGUUAAUGGAUAGGCAGGGUGUUUACAGUAGCUCUUGGUCAAUAGCGGAAGCCUCAGACGAUCAGCAACAGAUGAUGGUAUCCACACCGCAACUGUGCACCCACAGGAAAACGGUUGCCAGCCUGAAGGUAUUCACCAUGGUAAUGUUGCACUCGUGGCGCCAACGGCGAAAGGAGGUUCGUGAACUCCAAGAUAUGGUGCAACGCCUUCAGUAUAACUCUAUGAAGACCAAAAAUCAACUGCACGUAUAUGGCACUUUGGUGCGAGUGGAGGAAAAGAGGAACAGGGAACUUCAAAUCAAGUUGAAGCAAUCAACGAUGAGCAUUGACCAAGUAAAGUCCUCCUGCGAAUCUCUCGUGAACUCCGUCCGUGACCUUACAACGGAGAAAAUUCGAUUACAAACCGAUUUGGACCAGCGCUCACAGGAGUACGAUGACCUGGAGAAGAUGUCUAACAACACAAAACGACUGCUCUCUACCGCCUACAUGGAACAAUCCUACCUGCAAAAGCAACUGAUCUCGGAGCAGCGUAUCAGGCGGAAACUGCAGGAGGAAAAGGAGCAGCUCAUCCAGGAAGUGGUGCUGGCGGAGAGCAGAGAAGCCAAGUACCGCCAGGUAAGGGACUGGUACCAGCAUCAACUGGAUGAAAAGAAGGAGAGCAUUCAUAUCAUGAGAAGGAGAACGGCUUUGCUGGAGGAGAAACUUCGUGACAUCAAAGAUCGAACUGGAGAAUUGGAUCAAUUGCGUGAGAGUGCUCAAGAAAUGUCAAACGAAAUCACGGAGUUGCGCCAGGAGAUCAACCAAUCUCGCACCAGCUUCUUCAGCGUCCUGAGGGAUUCCAGUAGUCGUCAAAGACUCAAACGUCUCCAAGGCCAUAUGAUUAGCUCUUUUCAAGAAAACGAAACGUGGACCAAACUUCGACGAUGUACCUUCAACUUGAUGUAUUUGAUCUGUUUGUAUCUGCUGCCCGGAAUGCCCGUCAAUCAUCAUAAAAAAUAAAGCAAGUUGACUUUCUAUAAAAAUA